AUGUUCAGAGAAAGGCAUUUUGAUUUUUCAGAACGUUUUGGUGAUAUAAUAGAAGAAGAAGUACGAGAUGUUCCCUUUAGUGAAUUUGGUAGAAUUUCUGUAUCGUAUUGUAACAUUACUAACAAUAAAAUUAAUAAAAGUACUUUUAAUAAUGAAAUUAAUUUUUUAGCUUCUGUUCAAAAAAGAAGUAUUGGACCUUUUGAAAUUGCCAUUUUAAAUGAAGAAAAUAUUGAUAAUGUUUUGGAUGUUUUUAACAAUUUAUUAGUCAAAAACUGUACUGGUAUGACAAGUUCAGAUAGAGACGUUAUUGUUCCUUUCAUUUUUUGUGAAAAUCUUGAAAUUGUUGCAAAGUCUCAAAUCAUUUUGGCUGAUUCUAAAAAACCUGUUCCAAUAUUUAGCUAUAACCCCGUUAAUAAUAUUGAAGUACCAGAUGUUUCUGAAACGUAUUAUCAAUACCUAACAAGAAUGAUUCAAAAAGAUAAUUUUACUCAAUUCAAUCAAUACCGAUUAGCUUUUAACCACAAUGAUAUUCCAUCAGUAUUUAUUAAUGCACAAAGAUUACUUCAAUUGUCUUCUUUUGAAACUGACUAUUUAUUAAAUUUAUUAAAAGACCCUUCUUCAAAUCUCUUAGCUUUUCAUUUUAUAAUAAUAAGACCAAAGAAUUUGUUAUUAGUUGAUGUUCUCGAAAGAUAUAUUCUUGAUACAUUAAUUCCUAAUCCACAGAAUUUACUUGUAUCAUUUGAUGCAAGUAUUGUUGAUGAAGACUCUGCUAAUAAUGAAUUUAUUCAUUAUUGUCUUUCAUAUAUUCAUCAUUAUUUUCCUAAGAGGUUGAAAGUAGUAAAGAAAUUAAUUCCAUUGAUAAAGACUUUUGAUGAACUUAUCAUUAUUGAUAUUUUCAAGAUUUUAUUUUCUCAGAGUUAUUAUGAGAAGUUUGCUUUUUUAUCUCGAGAUUGUAUUUUAGAAAAGAAAGUUAAAAAGAAUAAAACAAAACUAGUACUCAUGCUAUUAAAAUAUCAGUGUCUUUCUUCUGAAAUUAAUCAAAAUAUCCAAAUAUUUUGUUUAAAUUGUAUAAAAGAAAUACUUUGUGAUGAAAAUGAAUGUCAGUCUCUCUUAAAGGCAGUUAUUCGAUUAAAAAGAUAUGGAAUUAAUGAGAUGUUUAGAAGUAGUUUUGAUGAUUUAAUUGUUUUUAUGAAAAGUAUAGUUGAAAAAAGUGAGUCUAAUAAAGUAUUAAUAACUCAUUAUGUUGUAUUAGAUUUAUUAAUACAAAGUUUGAAUUAUUAUCAAGACGAAAGAAUAUUACCAUUAUAUAAUUUAAUUGGUAAAAAGAUCAUAGAACACUUUGACAAAAGUACAGAGAAUUUAUUUGAUUUAAUAAAAAAUUCCAGUUUAUUAUUUGUGUUUCCAUUGAGUGGGUUUAUACCUAUUUGUGUUGAAUAUCUUCAGCAACACCAGAAUGAAUAUGAUAAUAUCCCAGUUGAAAGAUUAGUAAUGACAAAUGUUAAGAACAUGGAAAGAUAUGAACUUGUAAAUAAAUUUAUGAUGCAGUGUUUUGAGAAUUUAAAUACAAAUUGUUGUAAUUUCACUAAAGUGAAAGAAAUGUUUCUACUUUCAUUAACUCCAUCAAGUUGUGUUCAAUUUAUACAAAUUUAUAAUACCCAAUUUAAAAGAGAGUUACUUGAAAUUGCAAUUGAAUCUGCUAAUAGAGAAAUUCAAUUUAUUGAAGACAAUGAUAUUGUGUCGUUAAAACGAUACUACAAAAUAUUUUUUGAACUUCAUUUAAUCUUUGCUAAAGCACCUAAAUUUGAACAAACCAGGGUAAUUCCAGCAUUAAAAGUAUGUACUGUUUUAUUCAAGUAUAUUAGAAUUCUUUAUAAUGAUAUUAAAGACUUACCAGAAAAUGAACAAAGGCAAAUAUUGUCUUCUUUUAUUCAAUUUGAUAUUAGAAAUAAUUGUAAAGAUAUAAAAUGUAGUAAAUUUGUUUAUUCAAAUACAAUUAAGGCUUUUCAUUCGGUUAUUAUUGCAUUAAUUAAAGAUACAAUAAGUGGCUUUGAUGAACAAGGAUUAAUUUCAAUUAUUAAAAAGAAAUGUAUUGAGCCAAGUGAUUGGAUUCUUUUUUAUUUAUUUAAUUGUGUUGACAGAGAACAGUAUGUUAUGAAUAAUUGGCUAAAAACAACAUUAGAAAAUGAUUAUGUUAUUAAAUCAUGUUUAUUAGAUAAAUGUAAAGAGGUCAACGUUUUAAAUACUAUUGGAUUUAAAAUGGGAAUUGAUCUUGCUUUUAAUACUCAUUUUCAUCUUCCAUGUGUUGAGAAUUAUCAAUUAAAAAUAUUAGGAAAUGAAGUAUUAGAUAUGAAAGGGAUUCACCACGCAGUAAUAUUCUUAAACUCUAUUGAAGACACUAAUACUACAAGAAUUAACAUUAACUUAUUUGGGGAAAAAUUAAAUGGAAAAUAUCCAUUGAAUAUAGUUGAAAAAUUAUAUCAAAUUAUUCAAGAAGAACAUUUAAUUCAAAGUAUUCAAACAAAAGAUGAUUGUGAAGAUAUAGGAAUGAUAUAUCAAUACCAUUCUAAUGAAAUUAAUAGUCUUAAUUUAAUUCAACAAUAUGGAAUUGAAAAAGGUAUUCAAGUAUUAGACUAUGCAAUAAAUCAUUCAAUGAUAAUUACAAAUAGUAUAAGUACACUUAAACGUAUUGGAAUGGAAGAAUGUACUACAGUUUUUUCUUUAUCUAGUAUCAUAGACCCAAAAAUUCUUGAGUCAUUAACUGAAAUUGAUAAAAAGGAACUUAGUGAGACUAUGAAUGGAAAAGAACGAGAACUAUUUGGGUAUUUAAGUUGUAAAGUGUUACAGCCAUAUAUUAAUCUAAAAGAAUUAAAACAUAAAAAAUUAUUUGACAUUCAUUUAGAGGAAUGGAAAAAAGUAUCUGAUGAAAUAGGUGUUUUUAAAGAACAAGACAUAACUGAAAUUAUUGAUGUUAUCUAUACUAUGUUCAAACAAGAUAAUCAAACAGAGUAUUUAUAUUUAAUACUUAGUAUUUUAAAUGCAUACAAAAAAAGAGGAUCUCAACAAUUUAUCCUUCAACAAUUAACUAAAAUAAAAGACCCUUUAUUAAAUGGGUAUUGUUUUAUUUCUAUACUAUCUGAAUUAAUUAAGUCAAUUAUUGAACCAAUUGAUGAAGAUAUUUUCAAUGAAGAUUUACAGGUAUUGAAAGUUAUGAUAAAUUAUAAUUCAUGUAAGUAUUUUGAUAAUUCAGAAUUCUAUCAACUUAAAGAAUAUGGUACUAAUGUAUUGAAUAUUUUUUCUUGGACAAUGCCAUGUAAAAGAAUUUGUAUUGAAGAUAUUCAUCCUUGUCAUGUUUCAGUCAACGCUAAAGUAAUUAGAACUCUGGAGAAACAAAGAAAGAUUCAAGAUGGAUUGAAAGAAAAGAAGUCUGGACUUUUCCUCAUAGAUUUGAUUCAAGAAAAACAAAACGAAAGUACACUGGAAUCAUCAAAAGAAUAUUUUAUUCCACCACCCAAUACCAACCUGUCUAAUACUCUCAAAGGUGUAGUCCAAAAUAUUGGAAGUUCAUUGGCUAUAAAUUCAUGUAAUCAAAAUAAAUCACAACCGGAAAUUAUGAGUGAUGAAGAAUUUUAUAAUUUAUUAGAGACUAAUGAUGAAAUAUUUUCAAAAAGUCUUGACUCUUUAGAACAGAAAGGAGUACUAGGUCAGCUUUGGGAAGAAAUACCAGUUGAAAAGAAAAAGGAAUUAACACCAUUUGAAUGUGCUUUUAUUAAACAUUAUAAAGACUUGGGUAUUGAAAUAAAAGAAAAUUUUAAAGGAAGUGAAGAAAUGAGAGUGAUGCAUAAUCAACUCAACGAAAUUGGUUAUUCACACAUGCCUAUUGUCAACGAGAUUGUUCAAACGUUUAUUUACUCUUUUGACAAAGGAAAUAGUGAAGAAAUGAAAAAUUGUGUUGAGUGUUUAAAAGAAGAAAACGAAAGAAUAUCAAGUGAAGAUAAAGAAAAGAAGGAACAUCUAAGAAACAUUAUUAUGAUUAUAAAAGAACAUAUUAGAGAAGAACAAACAAAUUGUGAAGAAAAGAAAGAAAGUAUUGUUAGAGAGAUGAUUGAAGUUCGUGGAAUAGGAAGAGUUCCUAUACCAGAAGAAUGGGAUGAAGAAGUUAUUUUGUCAUUACCUAAUGAUAUUCUUCAAGACUACUUAGUAGAUUAUUACCAUGCCCAUCCAUUAAGAAACCAAAAAAAUACAAGUGUAUUAAAUUUAAAUGCUAUUCAAAAUAAUAGAAAUAUACACAAGCAACCUGAAAGAGAUAUUCAAAAAAUGGAAAGAAAAUAUAAAACAGAGAAGUACAAAGAAAAAAUUAAUAAAGGAACAAAAAUAGGACUAGUAGAAAAAGAUUAUUUAUUUGCUUUUGAUGAUGCAAUAAAUCUUUUAAUUAAUUGCAAUAAAUGGAUUGGGAAAGGGAUUAAGCAAAGAAUUGUAUAUUUAUGUCUAUAUGAUGAAACAAUAAGUUAUACUGUAAUAAACAAUUUGGUGAUGUACAUAUUUAAUGAACCAUUUAAACAAUGUGUUAAGCGUUGUAACGAAAAAGAUGUUAUAAAAGUUAUGGAAUUAUUAAUGGUUUUAAUUAAACUUCAAAGUAUUAAGAAAAAUAUAAAAGUAAGUCCAGCAUUUAUUCAAUGCAUUCAAAACGCUUUUACUUUAUUCUUUAAAGAAAAAAUAAGUUUUGGAGUGAAUGUAAAGGCAAUGUUUUUAUUUAGAGAGUGUGUGCAAAGGUGUAUUUCACAAAAACUAGAAAUUCAAGACCCAGAAGCAAUAUACAGAUAUAUUUCUAAUGAGGGAAGGAUUAAUGAGCAAGAAAUUGAUGUGUUUAAUUCUUCAAUUAUUGAAUUACAAAAUAUUCAAGUCAUUACUGCUAAUAAAAUUAACGAAUUUAUUCAAGAAGAAUUAUUAAAUGAAGAAGAGUUAUGGUAUUUCAUUGAACAUGUUAUUGAACAAAGGAUAGACAACUUUGUUCUUUUUGUAGAUUAUACGAGACUGAGAGAAAAGUUAAAGAAAGAAAUUAAUGAAAUAAGAAUUAAAAUUGUUUUUGGAAUAUUUUCAUUAAUUGGUCUUGAUGAUAGAAUAUUAUCAAGUGAAAUAACAAAUAUUCUUGAUGACACAAAUUCAAAAGUAAAGAAAAUGUUAAGAAAUUCACCUGAAUUAAUUGAAAAAGAAUUUAAUUUAUUAAAUAAAAUACCUCAAUACUUACCUUUUGAAAUGAAAUUAGGAAAUCUAAAAAAGUCAAGUUUAUCAAGUAAAGUUGAAGGAAAUAUUUUAGUUAAAGUUAAAAGAAAUAAUAUAAUCUAUAGUUUAAUGGAAUCAUUGUGUAAAAUAAAACCACAAGAAUGGUUUAAAACAUUUAGAAUUCAGUUUGUUGGAGAACAAGGAGAUGACAAUGGUGGAUUAUUAAAAGAAUGUUACUCAUCUUUUAUUAAAGAGAUUAAUGAAGGAAAAGCUCAAUUAUUUAUUUCUGAAGAUAAUUGUACGCUUAUUCCAAAUCCAGAACAUAAAGAGUCUAAAAUGAAAGAAAUAUAUGAAUUUAUUGGAAAAGUAAUUGGUAAAAUUAUACUUGAUGGGGUUACUGUUGAUGUUCAUUUUAAUGAAGCAUUUCUUAGACUUGUAUUAGGACUUACUAAUCAGUUAGAAAAUCUUGAUAAUAUUGACAAUUCAUUUGCACAACAAAUGAAAAAAUUAUUAAAUGAAAAUGUGAAUGAUUGGGGGUUAUGUUUUGUCACAGACGAAGUGGUAAAUGGAAAGAUAAAAGAAAUUGAAUUAAAGGAUGAAGGAAAAACAACAGAAGUUAAUGAAACAAAUAAAGGUACAUACGUUGACUUGUUAAUUCAACAUAAGUAUGUGAAAAGAAUUUUAUUACAAUGUGAAUGGUUCUCUCAAGGAUUAUAUUCAAUUCUUUCACAAAAAAUUGUCAAACAAUUUACACCAGCAGAAAUUGAAAUAAUAUUAUGUGGAAAUGAAAUUAAUUUUGAAGAUUUGAAGAAAAAUGUUGUUUAUGAAGGGUAUAAUGAAAAUUCUAUUCAAAUACAAUGGCUUUGGGAACUUUUAUCAGAAUGGGGAAAAGAAGACCAUAUAAAAUUACUUAAGUUUGUAACCGGACAAGUUAGAGCUCCAGUUGGGGGAUUUGCCAAUCUUAAAACAUCAAACGGAAUUGCUCUUCCAUUUACUAUCUCUUCUAUUAAAUACGACAAUCCUGAUGAUAAAUUACCCACUGCUCAUACUUGUACUAAUAAAUUAGAACUUCCUCUUUAUUCAACAAAAGAAAAGUUAGAAAAGAAAUUAUCUAUCGCAAUUAAUGAAUGCACUGGAUAUGAGUUUGUUUAA